GAAGAUGGAUGGAGAUGGAGACAGUGAGGACCCGAGAAGGGAGUUUGGUUUGCUUUCUCUAUCUACUGCCUUUUUCUUGGGCAUAUUUUAUACAUUUUAUGUAGGCCUAGGUUAUGGCAUAACCUUCACGCUUCUACUGGUGGCCUCUCUGCCUCCUCUCUCCGGCGAUUCAUCUUCUCUCCUUGCUUGAAAUCCUCGCAGCUUCUUUUCCAGCAUGCUUCUUCGUUUGUUUGUUGUUUACAUGAACAUCUCGAUGCUACUUCUCACAGAAGAAAACUGAUGUCUGCAUCAUCUAAAAUUAUCGCGAGCCUACCAAAAGAGCUGCUGCUGGAAGAUCAACACACAUGAAUUUGAUCGCUGCUCGGCAUGAACAGCUUGAGGCCGGAGCUCCACGUCGCUCAACAAAGCCGCCGCGAAAAGCUCCGGGUUCAGCACAGCCCGUGCCCGCCCGCCGCCCAUCGCGAAUUUCCCGGAACGAACACUCGAAAUUCCGAUCCAAUCCCGGAUCUCGCCCAGGUCCGGGACGUCUACGACCCGGCGUCCGCCAUGCUGGACUUGUCAGCCCGCGCCCAUAAUUUACCGUUGGCCGGCGCGGAAGCAUCCAUGAUCGGGCCGCUGCCGUCAAGCUUUCAUGAAGCGUCCGGGAGCCUCGCCCGUGCCGGCGAUCCCCCGAGCCCGUGCCUCUGGCGAGGGCAGCCGAACUGCGACUGGAUCGUUCCGAGCUUUGUCGCUGCCGGCGGCAGUGGAGCUCCGGAUAUGAUUACAAACCCUUUGGUCUCACCCGGUGUUUGCCACCCGAAGUCCGGCUUCUCGGGGUGUCGGGACGCAUCCAGCGAGCUUUCGAGCCAAGAGAGCCACCAACAGCAGUAUGGGGACUUGCACUUCCCCUCUUCCCAAUUCUACCAUCACGCUCUCCAAGGGGUGGUCACCUCCUCUCCCUCCACCGCGGGCAACCAUGGCCACGAAUUGGCCUCUAUUCUCCAACCCUCAAGCGUUCGCGAGCCCGGCCAGCCGUGCUCGUGGGUCGACGGUGGAAAUGAACUGCUUCUGCUGCUGCCCAGUUACGGUGAGCAGCCGAACACGGUGUGGGCGAGUCGUCCGCCUGCGCAAUGGAACGCGGAAGGAGGUUUUGCACGGGGUAAGGCUGCAGAGGAAUUUAAUACCGUUGGAAGCGAGGGAGGGACGCAAGGUCUGUCGCUAUCCCUCAACCCGGUGGCGGAUCUCCCUGUGGCGCAGUUGGGAGAGAGGUUUGGACUUCCAAAUGAAGCCGGGCACUCCUGCCCGCACCCCAAGUUCUCGAUCUGUGAUAGAGGUUAUGGGGUGUCGCUUCAAGGCAUCGUGAGCUCGUCGGUGGAUGCUCGGAGGGGCGCGGGGCCGCUCGGGCCUUUUACGGGAUACGCCACGAUUCUGAAGAGCUCCAAGUUCUUGAAGCCGGCUCAGCAGCUGAUGGAUGAAUUUUGUGGCUCUUCGACGGGGCCCAAGCUUCUCGAGUAUCGUGAUGAGGGUGGGGGGAGUUGCCAGAUCGCGAGUGCCGAUCAUGGUGAUUCACAGGUCGGUGAGAAGGAGAAUACUGGGAGGGGAGGGAAUCCGGCGGUGUCGUCGUCUUCGUUGCAUAGUUCGAUGGAAGGCGGUGGUGAAGCCGGUGCGAGUGGGGAGGCUUCUCAAAUUCAUAGCCCCGAGAUCCAGCAGAAGAAAGCGAAACUCUUGUACAUGCUGGAAGAGGUUAGUCUUAUAAGAGAUGAGAAUGCUUGCACUAUGUGCGCUGACAGUAUUUACUGCAUGGUAUGCAGACGGUACAAGCAAUACCACCAACAAGUGCAAAUGGUGGUCACUGCUUUUGAAUCUGUAGCAGGCCUCAGAUCUGCUACACCCUAUGCUUCAUUAGCCCUCAAGACUGUCUCAAAGCACUUCCGGUGCAUAAGAAAUGCUAUAUCCGAUCAGCUCCGACACAUAAGCAAAGUUCUGGGCGAGGAGCUCAUGUCAUCACCCAGUUCGAGUAGAGGUGAAAUGACGCCAAAGUUGAAACACAUCAAUCAGAGCGUCCUCGAGCAAAAGGCAGGUGAGAACAGCUUAGGUUUUGUGGGUCAGAAUCAGCCUGUGUGGAGGCCUCAGAGAGGCCUACCGGAGCGUGCUGUGGCUGUUUUGAGGGCCUGGUUGUUUGAUCAUUUCCUUCAUCCGUACCCGACGGAUACGGACAAGCACAUGUUAGCGACCCAAACUGGCCUGUCACGGAACCAGGUUUCCAACUGGUUCAUUAAUGCUCGGGUACGGCUAUGGAAGCCAAUGGUUGAAGAGAUCCACAUGCUUGAAACCAAAGGAAUGAAAGGAGCGGACCUCAACUCUGGCAACAGAAACGAUGCUAACAAGCUGCCCAUGGAUGAUGCAGGGCGACCUUCUAACGAGCAAAGGCCAGAAUCCGGGUGUAGCAGGCCAUUGCAUUGUUCCUCUAUGGAGCCUCUUUUGAAUGAUGAGGGUUCCCGGAGUAUGGAGCAGUGGCAUUACGAGAAGCGAUCAAGGAUUGACGAGUGUGGGAUGCAGACGAGCAUGGAUGGGAACUUGAUAAGCUUCGGAACGUACCAGAGUGCUAUGGAUAUUGGAGGACUUGGAGCGGUGUCUCUCACGCUGGGCCUCAGGCAAGAGGGCGGACAGCAGCAGCAGCAGCAGCAGCAGCAGCAGAUGAGGCACUUUGGAAGUCAGAUGCUGCGUGACUUUGUGGGUUGAGUGAUCUUUGUUGGAAUUGUUCUGUUGCGAGUGCUAGAGAUGUGCUGGGGAGCAGCUAUUGGCAAUGUUAGUGGAGAUAUGAAGAUGUGAGCGCGUACAAAGACUAGUUUUCAGAAAAGGGGUGACAAUUGUAUUGUAGGAUGGGGGAAAGGUCCAUUGUAUGAUUUGUAAUGCUGCUAUUCGUUUGAAGUUUUGGUGGUUUACAAAUACUCUCUGAUUUAGUGCUGUUGUAAGAUUCUGUUGUCUUCUGUC